CACGACGCCCUCCGGUGCUCCUUCUCUGCCGGCCAUGGUCCUGCCCGCUUUUCCACUCUUCAAAUUCGGGGCGUUGCUUAUACGGUCCAUCUCGAAGCCGAUAUCGAAGAAAAUCCAAGCCCAGCUCCGAAACAGUCCGUGGUUCGUCUCCGGCGUCACCAAGGCCGCACACUGGUUCCAAACAGCCGAGAUCAAUGCCCGACGGCGGAUCCUUGGACUGCCCGCCUCACGCUCGGCUCCCCAGUCGGUGGACAUUGAAAAGGCCCUGUCUCUGGCCACCGAAAUCAUGGGCGAGUUGCUGCUGACCUCCGUGGCAGCCGGCAUCGUGUACAUCGAGUGGUCCAGAUCUCGCGUGAAGGAUGCCGCCCGGGCGGUGCUCGAGGAGCAGCAAAGCCAACUCAUCCUGAAGCUCCUGUCAGACAUGAGCGUCGCACAGGCGGACCUGGAUGCGGCACACCACAAAAUCCGCCUGCUGGAGAAACGCAUCCACGGCAGCGUGCAGCAUGGCAAUACGGUCGACCUGCAGCCCUAUGGCCGAGACUCCAACUUUGCCGAGUUUGCCCUUUCCGAUGAGCAGGCCAGGCCAGUCUGGUGGCGACGGGUGUGGCCUUUCCGGCGGCCGGACAUGCCGCGCGAUUUGCUGGCCGACGCCGAGGAGGUGGUUCGCAGUGCCUCCGAAGUCCUGAGCCUGUCAUCGCCGGCUGAAGCGCCCUCUGAGGCGGCUUCCGGGCCGGCGGCAAACGGCUCCCCCGGCGGCCCCGAUGGCAGCUGGACCGUCGCUCCGCCCGGGGAAUAUACCCCUGCCCCGCCGCUGCCCGGGCUAGCCAACAACGCAUCGUCCGCACCUUCCGCCCCUUCCUUGCCAUCGUCGUCGCCACCGGCGCCGCCACCACCAGGUGCCUGAAUGUGUUUUCAUGCACAAAAGCGCGCGCGCGCGCACACACACC